AUGUCAUAUGCGUAUUGCUCAGACUGUAAGCGGCAAACGAAGGUGGUGUUCGACCACUUGGUCGGCGACACCGUGUGUUCGAAGUGCGGGUUGGUGUUGGAGUCGCACUCAAUUGACGAGACCUCUGAGUGGAGGACUUUCACAAACGAAUCGGGCGAUAACGACCCGGUUCGUGUCGUCGGGCUGACCAACCCGCUCUUGGCCGACGGAGGGCUCUUCGUCGUCAUAGCCAAGCCCAACGGCUCCACCGGAGAGUUCCUCUCCUCCUCCCUUGGCCGAUGGCAGAAUCGCAGUUCCAACCCCGAUUGUGGGUAUGAUCAUGUGAAAUCUGAAUGUCCUACAUUCUUGAGGUCAAAGGGUAAAGCUAUACUUUGUAGUAAUGAGGAUGGAAACUUCAUUGCUUUCACAGCUACUGUUGUAGUUGAUGAAAGUGUUAUGGUUGAAGAGAACCCUUCUGAUGGGAACUCUCUAUGUGUGCUAAUUUGCAAGGAGCUUUUAAUAAGUUAUGCAAGGUUGCUGUAA